AUGCUUCUGCUGCUAUUGGCCCUGCUCUGGGGGAGGGAGGGGGCCGAGGGCCAGAGGGGGGCCGGGAGGGGGCCACAGGGGGAUUAUUGGCUGCAAGUGCAGGACGCAAAGGGGCAGGAGGGCCUGUGUGUGUGAGUGCCCUGCAGAUGCUUCUAUCCCCAGAAAGGCUGGUCUGAGUCUACCCCAGCUCUUGGCUACUGGUUCCGGAAAGGGGCCGGUGUACAACAGGAUGUUCUAGUGGCCACAAACAACCCAGAUGGAAAAGUGUGGCAGGAGUCCCAGGGCCGAUUCCGCCUCCUCGGAAACCCCCAGGACUACGACUGCUCCCUGGACAUCAGAGAUGUACGGAGAGGGGACUCGGGGACAUACGUCUUUAGGGUGGAGAGGGGGCCUUCUGUGAGAUAUACUUACACACGGGACCAGCUCUCCGUGCGUGUGACAGCCCUGACCCAGACACCUGACAUCCUUAUCUCGGGGACCCUGGAGUCUGGACGCCCCAGUAACCUGACCUGCUCUGUGCCCUGGGCCUGUGCGUGGGGCACGCCCCCCAUCUUCUCCUGGACGUCAGCGGCCCUCGCUUCUCUGGGCCCCAAGACCCACCUCUCCUCUGUGCUCACCCUCACCCCACGGCUGCAAGACCACGGCACCGACCUCACCUGUCAGGUGACCUUGCCUGGGACCGGAGUGACCACAAUGAGGACCAUUCACCUCAACGUGUCCUAUUCUCCGUGGAACUUGACCGUCACUGUCUUCCAAGAAAACGGCACAGGUGUGUAACGUCACGAUUGGAUAUUUGUAUAUGUUGCAAAAUGAUUGCCUUGGGCUCCGAGCUGUCAGCUCAGAGCCAGAUGUGGGGCUCGAACGCACAAACUUCGAGAUCAUGACCUGAACCCAAGUCAGUGGCUUAACCAACUGAGCCGCCCAGGUGCCACCCCCCCACACACACCACUUUGAGUUUGGAAAAAUAAACUGUCUGCCUUUCCUCCUGUGGUGUCCUCUCUGAAGCCCCUCCUCUAUCCCACACUCCUUAGCACCGAUUCGGUAGGUCCUCUUAGAUGUUCUUUGGACGUGUUCUGUCCUUGGUUGUCUUUGCACUCUCUGUUCCUCCUUCUUGCCGUGCCCUUCCCAGCCCUGUCAUCAUUUUGCCGCCCCUGCUUGCCUCUCGCACUUGACUUCAGAAGCUGCCUCCUCCAGGAGGCCCUCCUGGAUCUGCCAGUCUCAUUUACAUUGCCAGCUCCAAGGCUGCCCAGCCCAGCGUCCCCACCACCUCAACAUGAGUCAGGUGGUGUUGGGAGCUCCUGUUCCUGGGUCCUUGUUCCCCACCAGACCAUGAGUUUCUACGAGUAAGACCCCUUGGGGUACCCCUUGGGGUACGGUUCGUGAGUUCAAGCCUCGCGUCGGGCUCGGUGCUGACAGCUCAGAGCCUGGAGCCCGCUUCAGAUUCUGUGUCUCCCUCUCUCUCGCUGCCCCUCCCCCCACCUCGUGCUCUGUCUCUCUCUGUCUCUCAAAACUAAAUAAAUGUAAAAAAAAAAAUUUAAGACUAAGUCCCCUUGGAGAUGACUUGUUAAGUCAGUAAACAGGUAUCAAGUGGAAAUCCGAAGAAAGGACAGAGUUUGCUGGGUCGGUGUGGGUCCUGAUGGAAGGAUGCGGCAUUUAGGGCAGGAAUGACCACGUGCACGGGUGUCCUGAAGGCCCAGGACCCUCUGUCUGUGCUUCCUGGGGCCUGAAUCCGGCCAGACAGAGUCCAUCAGGGCAGAGAUAAAGCUAUGUCAGAGGUAAAGUGCAGAGAAAGAAGGGGCCUGAGCAGCCUCUGGGCUUAUGCUCAGUGCCUCUCCCUGGAUCCCUCUCCCAAAGGGAGACGCCCAGAGUCUCGAUCUCAGUCCAUGUCUGUGUGUCUGAGUCUGCCCCUCUCUGCUGGUGUCCACCUGUAUCAAUUUCUUUGUCUCUCUGACCCUCAGUCUCUUUUUCUCCGCCACCACAGCCCUUGGAGAAUGGCUCAUCUCUUUCAGUCCUGGAGGACCAGUCCCUGCCCCUGGUCUGUGUCAACAGCAACCCCCCCAGUCAGGCUGAGCUGGGCCCCGGGGAGCUGACCCUGUGCUCCUCAAAGCCCUGGAACCCUGGGGUGCUGGAGCUGCCUCGGGCACAGGAGAGAGAUGAAGGGGAAUACACCUGCUGAGCUCGGAGUGCGGUGGGCUCCCAGCACGCCUCCCUGAGCCUCUCUCUUCAGGGUGAGUGUCCAGGGGCUGCACAGUGGACCCUAAUCCCUCAAUGCCAUUUGGCUCACUGGUCCCCGAGCAGGCAGCCCCAGAGCCCGUUGUCCAGCUGCCGGAAGGCCAGGGCAUGGGGUAGCGUGCGGCUCAGGAACAUGGGGUGCCACAGCGGUGACGCAGGGGGGCCUGGGGGACCGAUGUCCAGAGACCAGCCGGGAGCAGAGGACACGGUGUAGCAGUCAAGCACAUGAAUCCACGAAUCCAUCGUCCUUCGCCUCAUCGUCCUCGUGACCAGACCGAAAGGCCCCGGUGUCUUCUCUCAGACUGAGAUUCCUCAGGAAGGAGAAGCCAGGCCUGCAGGGGGCGUGGAGGAGGCCAACACCACCCCCAGUUAAUCCCUCAGGUGAGUGACGUGGGCAGCUCACCACCCAACAUCCCACCAUCACCUCCUCCAGGAUGGCCCCAGGAUUGCUUCACUCAGCACGGCCGAGGUUGAGCUGCCACGUUCCUCUUGAACCUUCUUCUUUGCUGGGAUUCCCUCACAUGGCUGGCAUGGUCUCAUCUCUAAGGCCAGAACCGGGGGUGUGGUUCUCCACCAUGACCUCCCUCUGUUCUGCCUGGUUCACUACAUCACCUGGUCUUGUCCAUCCUUCCUCUAAGCUCAUCCUAGCUCCCGUCUCCUCCUCAUCCUGACCCUGCUUGUUCCUGCGGCCUCCUCUUUUCCCCGGGCCUCUAACGCACCUGUCUCUUGCCUCCCCCUCCGUCCUCAACACUGAGUCUCGGGACACCAUUAUCAUCCACUUUCUCCACAGUAUGAAGACCUAGGAUUCCUCUCCACAGUCCAAACUGAGGGGCAAACAGGCUAGAUUUGAAGACCUGAUGUGGUCUCUUUCCCACUGAACUCUCCGCCCAGGUCCCUACCUCUCCCUGCAUCUUACAACGUCUCCACACCCAGCCGGGUUAGGGUUUUCCUGACUCUGAGAUUUUGCCUAUGCUGUUCCUUCUCCUGAAAUGCCAUUCCCUCCCCAUUCCUGCCUCUCCAAGUCCUAAUUACGUUCAGGAUCAGUCUUAAAUGCCACUCACCUGUGUGUGUGUGUGUGUGUGUGUGUGUGCACAUACGUGCGCACCUGUGUGCAUAUGUGUGGUUGUAUGGUUUUGAUUGGAAGAGUGAUAGCCAGUCAUUUACUCAUAGACUUAUUUUUUAAAAAUAUUUGUUUCUUUUUUUUUUUAAGUUUAUUUACUUAUUUAUUUUGAGAGACAGAGGGAGAGAGCACAAGCAGGGG